CUCGGCUUCUUCUUGGUCGAUUGAUAACCCUUCUACUAUCACUGAGACGAUAGCCGUGAUCAGUUUUACUCGAAUGCUGCAUAGUUUGAGCUAGGGCAAGUGGAAUCUUCGGAUGGUCGCUUGAACAACCUGAGCUCGGACAGCCAUGGUCCAACCGUCAUUCUCUCAUCCCCGUAAACCUAACGCGGAGGAAGUCAUCUCUCCGACAGCGCCGCUGGAUGCUUUCCUAGACAACCAACAUCAGUCCUUCUUUGAGGAGCUAUACAAGUCGGAAGCAGUGUGUCUCUGUAUCUUGAGGUUUCUGCCUCCCAUCUGUCGGCAUGUGGUUCUCCAUACCUUAUGGUCAUACAACCCCCUUCGGACGGUCGAUCUCAAGGCUUUGUGCCAGAUCGACGUAUCUGCGCCUCUCAAUCUUGCUGAGGACAUCGUUCGAUCUGCUAUUGACAGAAAGAUCUUCCACCCAAUACAACAUAAGAAGGGCAAAAUGGAAUGGCCGAUGAAUGAUACAUUCAAGAAGGGUCUACGAAAUGCUCUGACGGGCCUAGGAAAGUCUAACUCUUUCGGCGUACCUUACGUUGGGGAAGACGGAAUCGAUGCACCGGAUCCCGAGGAGCUCAUACAGUAUGGCGAGGACACAUGGGAGUCCAUACUCAAGUACAUGGUCUCGUCUGGUCUCAGCAGCUCGAUAGCGACUGUGAAACCGAAACCUCAAGUCCUAAGAUUAUUACAUGCCAGCGGCCUCAUGGCUGACAAUAAUGACAUGUCUGGUCGUCGUCCAAAUCUCGACAGGCUAACCAUCACCUCGAAAGGGUUUCAGUUCUUGCUGGAAGAUCGGCAAACACAGUUAUGGCAAAUUCUCAUGUGCUAUCUGGCUCUCAAAGAAGCAGACUCGGAAAGGUCAGCAGAGACGUUGUCUGUCUUUUUCUCGCUGGGAUGUAUGCAGUUGGGAGACAGCUAUUCAGCAUCUGGAUCUUUCCCUCUUGCUCAUUCCGCUCUGGACGAUCUUGAAUCUUACGGCUUCAUAUAUCGCCGUCCAGUCGUGAACGGCGUACCGUCAGAUCAGUUUUUCCCUACCCACCUUGCCACGUCGUUAUGCUCUGGAAACACCAUCACUUCGGCGUCACAAAGUGCAGAUGAGAAGCGGUUCCUGGUAUUAGAAACGAAUUACAAGAUCUACGCCUACACAUCCAACGAGCUGGAAAUAGCUAUUCUCAAUCUAUUCGUUGACAUCCGCAUACGAUACCGUAACCUCGUUGUUGGCAAAUUAGACCGGAAAAAUGUCAAGUCAGCGAUGGAAAAAGGUAUCUCUGCGUAUCAGAUUAUCAGCUACUUGGCGAGUCAUGCCCAUCCUCAGAUGUACAACUCGCCCCCGCCUCUGCUCCACCCUACCAUCGUUGAUCAGCUGCACCUCUGGGACAAGGAGCGCAAUCGAUUGAAACACGAGGAUGCUGUCAUGUUCGAGUUUCACUCAAAAGAGCUCUUUGACGAUACGGAAGCCGAAGCAAGGCGAUAUGAUGGAGUCUUGGUCUCUGUUCCCAACAGUAAAUUGUUGUUCAUCGAUCCAAGUAUAAAGGAUGGCAUCAGAGAUUUCGUCAUGGGUCAGCAGAAGCAGCUCCGAGGGGCCUAGUGGCGUUCAUGGAUGGGAGACAAUGAUUCUGCAGAGGACUGACACUGGCUACCAUUGUACAUGUUAUGCCGACACACUGUUGUACUAGCUUUCGGUCACAUCGAUGCAUGAUUUCUCACGUG